AUGCCGUUUUUCUCAAGCAACCGAACAGCGCGAAAACGCCGCAAAUACCACAUUGAUAACACCAGUGGCCACGAUCCCGUAUACCAAUCGACUUCUUUGCCUGCUACCGUGAUCAUUCCGGGCGCCGUGUACGAGCACCAACAACCGCAUUGGCAUCGGCCGCCCGUUCCCUCACCCGCUGCCUAUCCUCACACGUACUCAGUGGUGUCCUUACCAGCCCACCAAGCGGUUACUGAGCCACCAUGCAGGCCUACCCAACACCAGCGUACCUGGUCCCGGCCAGAAGCCGUCGUUUAUAGUAUGGCAUCGGCCGCGGAUGACCUGCAUCGAAGAAUUGAUGACAAGCUGGACGAUGUCAUAUCACUGAUCGACGCAGACGCCUUCAUCGGCUCGACAAGAGAACUUGCCAUAUCUAUACCUCCCUCGACGUCGUCGGGGUCCUCGGAGCCGUCCACUGACCGAGACUUGAGCGGCCACGCGAGACCAAGGAAGCACGGCCAACCUAAACAUGUCAAUGUCUUCUCCAAGCUCGACCUAUACCUCAACUCCAAGCUCCCUACUACGCUCCCACCUCUCAGAGUCUACAUCCCGACGUAUCCCUUGCUUUGUCUCGCCGCACAGUACUCGCUGAACGCCUACAACCAACCACAGUCCGCUUCGGAACGCAAGGAUUAUAUCUCGGCAGAUAGCAAGCUCGGCACCAAGGCCAUAGUGGUCAAAAGCAUACCGUGCGAUGACAAGAAGACGAUUGUAUUUGCCAUACGAGGGACGAGCAGACUCAGCGUGCGGGACUGGGGGGUUAAUCUUCGAGUCGACCCUGUCUCACCUGUGGGAUUUCUCGACGACGAAGGUAACCUCUGCCACUCCGGCUUUCUCAAGGUCGCGAUGGCCAUGGUGCGACCCAUGGCUUCAAGACUGAGACAGCUUCUGGAAGAGAACCCGAACCGAAGUAGCUGCUCUCUUCUGAUCACCGGACACAGCGCGGGCGGGGCCGUUGCAAGCCUCCUGUACACGCACAUGCUGGCCGCGACCGUCGACAGUGAGCUGAAUGCCCUCACGAACUGUUUUAAAAGGGUUCAUUGCGUCACCUUUGGCGCUCCCCCCAUUAGUCUCCUACCUUUGCAGAAGCCGACGACCGCAGACGGGCGACUGCAGAAGUGUCUGUUCCACUCGUUCAUGAACGAAGGGGAUCCUGUCGUGCGUGCCGAGAAGGCUUACAUAAAGAGCCUCGUCGAUUUGCUUUCGCGCCCUGUCCCGGAGAUUCAGAGGAAUACUAACACGUCACCAUUGACCAAGUUGGGUGCGAGCAUGUCCAUGCUGGAUCUGUCCCUUGGGCCGAAGAAGAAGACGAAGCCACAGAAACGAGUUGAUGGUCAAGUCGCGGAUCCGUCGUCCAAGUUGUGGUGGGACGUCCCGGCCGGCAUGUUUUCGAAUGCAGGACGUCUCGUGGUGCUCAGGGUGCCUCGGGGCAAGACUGAGAACGACAUCACGGCCAGUAUCGUCAAGGAUGAGCAGUUGAGACAGGUCAUUUUUGGAGACCCUCUUGCACACUCCAUGGAGUUGUACGCGAGCCGGAUUGAGACUCUGGCGGUCAGGGCUGUCACGGGCAAAGCAGGUAUCGUUAAUUAA